AAACAAAGCGCGAUUGCAAACAGCAAGCGCCAACGGAAAAGCGCCAGUUGUUGGCUCGACUCCGUUUGGUUUGCACCACUGGAGUAGCUCUCUACAGUCUUUUGGAUUUGUGAGCUCUCCAUUGGUAUAGAAGGUCUGGCAAUUGCAAGGAUCUUCGCCAAUUCAGUUGGGAGACCUUUAGGGCGGCAACAGUCAAACAAGGUCAAGCGCAGCGAUCGACCGCGCGAGGGUUGCUUAUCAGCUGCCUUGAGUGACGCUCCCUACGUACACCGCUUUUAUCAUGAACACGAAAGAAUACCUGUAUUCGUGGCAUCUCUCGCUGCGAGCGGACCGUCCAGUGGAAGGUUGUGGGAUGCGCCCGCACGCCUACAUGUACGGCAAAAAAUUAGACGAACGCGAAGACAAAACGCUGCCUCCGCAUUCCAAAAAAAUGAAAGAGCCACCACCGCAGCACGAAUUCUCCUAUCGAUGGUUCCGCAGUCCUUUGCAUGAGCCUUGUGCCUACGAGAAUUGUCCUCGUCGAACUUCGUUCUCUCCACACGAUUGGUCCAGACAUGCUUUAGGUGGAACGGAAUGCGGAUUGCAGUGUGUAUCGACGCAAAGUUCCUUGUUUCGAUGCACGUUUUGUAAUUCUACUUGCUUUGUGAAUGCUUGGAAGACUCAGUACAGUGUUCCGAAGGAGGCCACUCGGACGGAAACUCAUGGUCGGACCCGUUCACAAUCUUUUGGUAGUAAUGAUGAAGACGUCUUUGACGAUACGGGUAGUGUACGGUCUUCGAAUGGAUCUAGUCCAGCUCUCGACACCCUCAGCUCGCCACCACCAUCGACUCCCCGUGGGUUCCUCAGUGGAUACUCGGCGGGCAAGCAGCUGAACCCCGCCUCUGGUAGCAGUAUGUACCACUCGGAAUACGAUGCUGGUGACGAUUGGGUGGAAUUCAGUCGAGAUCAGCUUUACAUGCCAGGCCCUGAAGAUGUCGGACACAAGCUCAAAAUUGAAGCUGCGGCGUAUUCAACCGAUACCAGUGAACUACUUAUGUCACGUGUUGUCAAAACAGACGUUGUUCUAGGAAGGGCUCCUGACCCACUUAAAAGGCAACUAGUUACCACUAAGGGCGGUGGAGGAGGUGGUCCUCGUUUCCGCGUUAUAACGUACAAUGUUCUCGCCGAGAUUUACGCAACUCAACAGCAGUAUCCUUACUGCGACUUCUGGGCACUUUCAUGGGAUUAUCGAUUCCAAAACAUUCUUCGCGAGAUCAUUGAUGCAUCGCCAGAAGUUGUAUGCUUGCAAGAAAUUCAAGCGGAUCACUACGAGAAUCACGUUUACGUGGCCAUGGCUGACGCGGGAUUUGAAGGCGUCUAUAAGCAAAAGACGAGACAGAGUAUGGGACUUGCUGGAAAAGUCGACGGAUGUGCUUUGUUUUGGAGACGUUCCAAAUUUCAUUUGGUCGAAUCCUACAGCAUUGAGUUCAACGAAGUUGCGCAGAGACAAGCGACUCAAGUGUUAGGCCUCAAUCCACGAAGCGAAGAAGGUGUGGCCUUUUUAAACCGUCUAUCGAAGGAUAACGUGGCACAGCUUGUUGUUCUAGAAUUCAUCCAGCCUAGUCGAUCGAAUCGCGAAAUAUCGCAAGUGUGUAUUGCCAAUACGCAUUUGUAUAGCAACAAGGACUUCCCAGACGUAAAGCUGUGGCAAACAUGGCAACUUUUGCAAGAGCUGGAAUCAUUCAUUAUGAGUCGCGGAACGAAUCUUCCUUUGAUUAUUUGUGGAGACUUCAACUCGACUCCAGAUACAGCCGUCUACGAUCUACUCUCGAGACAGACAGUCCAUCCCGGCCAUCCUGAUGUAAAUGUUACGACUGGCGACGACGUUCCUAACGUUCUCCCUGAUGCGAUGAAUAUUACUCAUUCGUUCCAGCUGGGCAGCGCCUAUCAAACAGUAUUGGGAGAGGAGCCGUGGACGACGAACUUUACUGUCAAUUUUAAGGGCGUUUUAGAUUACAUAUGGUAUUCCGCCCAGAAUUUGCGGCCGCUCUCAGCUGCCCCGAUACCAGAGGAAAAGCAAUUGACAAAGAAUGGGGAAGCUUUACCUUCGACAGAGUACAGUUCAGAUCACAUCAUGCUGAUCUCAGAUAUGCAAAUUAUUGGCAAUGGAGCACGAUAAAGAAAGAUCUAGGAGAGAAUGAAAGGAUGUGUGCUAUUGUGGACCGCCUUCUUUUGUAGUAGCGCUCAAUUUUGUUAUGGUAGAAGUAGAAACUUUGAUGGUGGGACGAGGAAGAAUAAAAUCUGGCAAUAAUGGCAUUACGAUCACUUGGCACUCCCCCCCAAAAGCAUGGCGUAGUCAUGGCCUCCGUCGUUUUCCAAGUGAGUCACCAUCUUUUCAAAAUCUUGGACCCACAUCAUUUGCUCUGGUCCGCGGCCUGAUGGCAUUUUGCGUUUGGAUGCCGCGUCGAACUCAACGGAGCGAAUAGGCUUGCCGUUCAGCAGUACACGAACGACGUGCGAGUGUGAGUCCACCGGUCCCUCUUUGUGCAGCCGCACAAGUUCAAAGACCAAAGAACUUCCGUAUUCCGGCCAAAAGCGCCAGUCGGCACUGGUGUCGUCGGCCAAAAAGUCGGCUCCUAUUCCGUACAAAAGACCGAGGAUUGUGAUGUCGUGACAACUAUAAAUGGUGAAUGGUCGCUUUUCUUCGGUGUUGAGGCUUGGUGCAACCUUCAGCGAUUCCGUAAUCUCUCUCAGUGGCGGUGCGGCGAUUGCGGCCAAAAGGCGCUUAUUCUGGUACCAUUUUCGGAAUCUCCAUGACAAGUGCAUCAAUGUUUGAUGCGAGAGUGAACAUAGCAUUUGUUCAACUGAAACAUCAUGCUCGUAGUCAGAAAACCGGGCCAAGUCCAUUCCGUGUGAUGAUCUGCAGACAAAAUGAUCAGCGGCUUCGACCCAGUUGAUCCCGCUCGGUGCUCGCGAGCUGAAAUCGCUCUUUCGGGGCCUCACUAAACCAGGAAGAAUAUUGGCCAAACGAGCCGCUAGUGGCGCCGCAGCCCCAUCGCGCAGCAUGAAGUCUUCUGAUGAGAUGACUUCAUCAACUAGAUCAGCCAUGAGAUCUGGGUUGCGAUCGAACGCAUUUAACGGGUCUCGGGAGAGCUCUCGGACACGGACUUUGACAAGUUCAUCCUUGCCAAAACUCUUCCCUCGCCAAGCGUGGUUCGGUACGCGAGCUUCUUCAAAUAUGUCGGGAUUUAGCGUCCGUUGCGGGGAGGGCGUAUAACAGUUUGCACCCAGCAUGCCAUCAAGAAAGCUUUGAACUGACAUAAUGGUACGUAGAUAGUUCGUAGAAAACACUUUAACAUCCCAAACGGACAGGAAGUCUUCGGGGUUUUCCCAUCGCCAUUCGCUAAGGUUCGGUGAGUGAUGCCCAUAGUGAUUGUAUCGAUGGAAGAAUCGGUGUCCGUUUUCUUUUAACUGCGACAAUCCCAUCUGCGUUAAAAAACCGAAAGGAUUACGGCCCACAUCAAGAAACUGACCAUGAUUCGUGUUUUGAUGAAUGUCGGGCGGGAAGCACCUUGAGUAUGCUUCAAAGGCUGUGGCAGAAUCAGGUGAUGGCAAACGUGUCAUCCAAUAGGCAGCUUCUUCCUUUCUACGAUGGGAUGGAGAAAGCGGCCUACUUGGUGUUCUAUCUCCAUGUCGGCAAAACAUCCAGACGCCCUCGACGACACCAUCAUUCUUCAAGUAGCGAUGUGGGUCUUCAUCCGCUUUUGACCCAAAUGCGCCGGAUGAGUUGCGUCGAAACCUACCUAUAAGUCGAGAAGAUCGUUUCGACCCUUCCAAGCCACGAAGCGCUGUUGAACCCAACUUCUUGGGUCUCAUUGUGACCCUUAAGGGCAACCUCAAGAAUACGCGGGAGUGCGCA